CCGCUCCUCAGCGUGGACCACUCCAACUGAAGAACAUACGCACGUUUGUUUUGAGUUUUUGAAUUACUGCUCAGAGGAAAAUGGUUGCAGACCUUUCGACUUGACUAUGAAGGUUUGUCGGACUUGACUUGCGGCUUUCGAGCAGGAGGCCUGGACUGGGAACUCUUUUUCAGGUUUUACGGCUGCAUCGCCCUACUCGAAGACGUCGAAAGUUGUGCCCGCCAGGGUCGGGAACAAAGUGGCGGAGUUAAGGCUGGCGGACCUUGGCGGACUGAUGGGGUCGGACGUGCGGGACCUGAACGCCCUGCUGCCUGCCGUCCCGACUCUCCCGGGGGGAAGCGGGAGCUGCGCCCUCCCCGUCAGCAGCACCCCGCAGUGGGGCCCCGUUUUAGACUUCCACGGCGGCUCUCCGUACGGCUCGCUCCCAUCCCACCCCUUCAUCAAGCAAGAGCCGGGCUGGACCGCGGCCGACUCCCACGAGGACCCGCACUGCAGCCUCAGCGCCUUCACGGUGCACUUCUCCGGCCAGUUCACCGGGACGGGGGCCUGCAGGUACGGGGCUUUCGGGGCCCCUGCGCCCAGCCCAGCCCCCAGCAAUCAGGCCAGGAUGUUUACCAAUGGACCCUAUCUGCCCAACUGUGUGGACAGCCCACCGGCCCCGAGGAACCAGGGUUAUGGCUCAGUGGCGUUUGACAGCGCUCUCAACUAUGGUCACACUCCCUCACACCACACCUCCCAGUUCUCCAACCAGUCCUUCAAGCACGAGGACCCUCUAACUCAACCAACCAACAUGGGUGAGCAGCAGUACCCAGCUCCGCCUCCUGUGUACAGCUGCCACACCCCGUCUGAGACCUGCCCUAGCAACCAGACACUGCUCCUGAGGAACCCCUACAGCAGGUACCACGCUGACCCUCCUGCACGGCCCUCUGCCCCUCCGGCAACCAAGCUUUAUGACUUAUGUUGGUCCAGUUACAAGACAUUCCUUCCUGGGUAUGAAGGCACAAACCACGCCACGGGCUACGAGAGUGAGCCGAGCACGCCGAUGCUGUACAGCUGCAGCACCCAGUACCACAUCCACACCCACGGAAUGUUCCGGGGCAUCCAGGACGUCCGGCGGAUGCCUGCCAUAACCCCCUCAAUUAUGAGGUCAUCGGAGACCAAUGAGAAACGGCCAUUCAUGUGCGCAUACCCUGGCUGCAACAAGAGAUACUUCAAACUGUCCCAUCUGCAGAUGCACAGCCGUAAGCACACAGGAGAGAAGCCCUACCUGUGUGACUACACAGACUGCGGCCGGAGGUUCUCAAGAUCUGAUCAACUGAAGCGGCACCAGAGGAGACAUACAGGUGUAAAACCUUUCCAGUGUGAGACCUGUCAGAGAAAGUUUUCACGUUCUGACCAUCUUAAGACCCACACCAGGACUCAUACAGGUAAAACAAGUGAGAAGCCAUUCACCUGCAGGUGGCCCAACUGUCAGAAAAAGUUUGCCAGGUCUGACGAGCUGGUACGCCAUCACAGCAUGCAUCAGAGAAACCUGACAAAGCUGCAGCUGGCCAUGUGACCUGACUGACCAAUGACUGUCCUGGAACAAAUGUGUCUGCUGAACACAGGCUCAAACAGCGACACCAGUGACUGUCGCCUAGCACCAGCCUGAUGUUACUGGGGCUGGUUAACCUAUCAUGCGUUCCCAUACUAGCCAAGGCACGGACGUUCGCUAGCUGAAAUGUGUUUUCUGUUAAAGCGUAACCCGAGUCCCUCCAUUACAGAUGGAGGUUAAUAUCUCCUUUCACCUUCUGUAGUUAUUGUUA